GCAAUGUUUUUCUUCGCUCCAAACGUCAAACCGGUCGAUUCGUUUAUUUGUUGCGUGAUUUUCAUUGAAAUACUUUAAACAUCGUAUAUUAACGAAUAAAGUCAUUCCUGAUUCUGUGCUUGAAAAUGUUGUCACGUGCAACCAAACUGCUGGCCAGAAACACUCUGAAUGAAAGAUUCUGUUUGAUACAGGAACUUAGCGCUGGCACGGGUAGAAAUUUUCACAUUGCUUGCAGGCCCCAACAAGAAAAGAAACACAUCUCCUGUCCUAUCACAGUCGGCAACCUGCAGAGCAGGUAUCUUCCCCAUCUUCCGACAACAGUGCUUGUACGCAAUAUCAGCACAAAUGGAGCGGAUAAAAACCUACUUGAUACCAUUCCCGAACCCCCACCGAUACCUGCGGCACCAGAGAUACCAGAGAUUACUGAAAUAGUGGCUGGUGCAGAGCCUCCGUUCGCUUCCCUCGGCCUGGGAGGAUGGAGCCCAGUGGGAAUGGUACAAAAUUGUAUGGAGUAUCUGCAUAUAGGCUUGGAUAUUCCAUGGUGGGGUGUAAUAGCCAUAGGAACGGUCUGUGUUCGAGUGCUACUGUUCCCGUUGGUUAUCGCCAGUCAACGUAACGCUGCCAAAAUGAACAAUAAUAUGCCUCAGAUGCAGUUCCUGCAGAUGAAAAUGUCCGAGGCACGGCAGUCUGGUAAUGCGAUUGAUUCCGCUCGCUAUGCAACCGAGAUGGUCCAGUUCAUGAAGGAGAAAGGUGUGAGCCCGCUCAAGAACAUGUGGGUGCCGCUCGCACAAGCUCCAUUGUUUAUUUCGUUCUUCGUGGGACUUCGACAGAUGGCAAACGCACCGGUGGAUUCAAUGCGUGAAGGAGGUCUAUUUUGGUUCACCGAUUUGACGGUUUGCGAUCAAUUCUACGCAUUGCCAAUCAUUACUAGUGUUACCAUGUUUCUGACGAUUGAGCUCGGAACCGACAGUGCACGAAUGUCCGCUGCAAAUAUGCAAACGGUUAAAUAUAUCCUUCGAGCGGUACCCAUCUUCAUAUUUCCGUUCAUGAUAAAUUUCCCCAGCGCUAUUCUGUGCUAUUGGGUGUGCAGCAAUUUCUUCUCACUGCUCCAGGUGGGUUUCUUGAGAGUUCCUAAGGUGCGGGAUUACUUCAAAAUUGAACGAUUGAUUACCCACAAACCGGAAGAGUUACCAAUGAAGAAGAAGAAAUUCACAGAAGGUGUGAAAGAAUCCUGGACUAAUAUGAAGAUCUCCCGCGAAUUGGAAGAACGGACGCGAGUUGAUGAAAUCGCAUUUCAGAGAGCUGGAAAAGGUCCAUUGGUGAAAACGUACAAAUAUGAUCCGACCGUACCUCGAGAAUCCGUGACCGGAAAUACGAUUAGUGCGAAAAAACGAUAGACAACUAUUUGAUUUAUAUCAGUAACAAAGACAGUGAUUGCAA